AUGUACUGCAUAGAACGUUUUCUGUUGCAUCUGACUGCCGCGCCUCGACAUUCAAGAAACCCGCUUUCCGCGAAAGCCUCGCAUCCCACACCGAGACUCACCGACAGACCGCAAAAUCGUUCCCCAGAUCCGCCGGUGUGCAAGGACGAGGAGCGACCGAUCGUCUACGGCGUAGCCAAGAUGGAGGAGGCGUUCGUGACGUGCCGCGUGGAGGCGGAGCCCCCUCCCACCCGCUUCCGGUGGGCCUUCAACAACUCCGCGACGACCCUGGAGAUCCAGGCGAAGAACUACAACAGCACCGGCCUGGCCAGCACCGUCCGCUACAGGCCCCAGAACGAGCUGGACUACGGGAGCCUGCUCUGCUGGGCCUCCAACGAGCUCGGGAACCAGGCCUAUCCCUGCGUCUACCACGUCAUCGCCGUCGGGGUUCCAGAGCCGCCGCUGGACUGCACGAUCGUGAAUCUGACGACCGAGUCCAUUCAAGUCACGUGCCGCGAGGGAUUCAACGGGGGACUGAAGCAGCAAUUCGUGCUGGAGGUCUACGAGGAGGAGCGCCGCCAACUCUGGGCCAAUGUAUCAAACACGAAGCCGAGCUUCGUCAUCAACGGCUUGAGCCCCGGGACGACGGUCUCCCUCAGCGUCUACUCCGUCAAUGCCAAGGGACAGAGCGAGAAAGUCUUCCUCGAUGCCUCGACGCAGAAGAACGCCGGGCAAGUCCUCGCCAGACCAGAUUCGCUGAUGAGGAGCCUGACGUUAAACUCCCUGCUCCCCGUCCUGGUCGGCGUCGCAUCCGGCCUCGCCCUGGUCGCCAUCGUCAUCGUCAUCAUGAUGAAGAUGAAAGGCCACAGCAGCCGCAGCCGCCGCGGCCGCCGACGCAGUCGCGGCUCCGACGACAACAAGCCCGUCGCCCCCGGGAUCCCCGUCUACAACCCAGUCGAAGGACUCAUGAAAUCGGACGAUCCUUACGAGCUGGACGAAAAGAACCCCGACCUCAUUCCCCAGGGCUCAGUGACUCUGGAGUGCCCCGGCAGGCCAUUGCAGGUAGAGAUGCUCAAUCACAAGGAAAGGCGCCACGUGUCUUUCUGCGAACACCACACCUUCCUUCCCAGUUGUAGUAAUGAAUACCUCCCCAACGCCUCUUCUCCUUCUCCGAAUCAUAUAUGGCUCAAAAAUCCGGAGGAAGGAGGAAUCAGUUCGACGGCAGCGUCGGCGUCAGCCUUCAUGUCCUUGCCUCGUAACUACACGUCGACGCCGCUGCUCCAGAGACCCGACCCAGUCGUGGCCUACGCAACCCUCGACCGAACCCCGCGAAUCCCCCCGCCCCGGGGCUUCGGCAACCACCCCGACGACCCCCACCCCCCCAAGCGCCGAGGCUCCGACCAAGUGGAGAGCACCGUAUAGUCUCCGGGGGAAGGGAACCGCGCCCGAUCGCAGCCAGCUUUUCCUGGACUCUUGCCAGCCCUGGAAGGAAGGAAGGAAGGAAGGAAUGAAGGAAUAAGAUAGGAUGUAAGGAAAAAAGGAAUCCUCGAUCUGGCUUUCAG